GUGCGACGGAAGUGAUGUAGCUCGGGGCGCCGCGGUCGCGAUGGGUCGAGUGCUAGGGGCACCUACGCUCGGGGCCGUGCGGGCGCUGAGGCUGGCCCGAAGCUUGCACUCGCCGCGCGGCAGCCGGGAGGAGGACGGAGCGGACGGCGGCCGCCCCGUGGCCUUCUCGUCCAGCCGGGCCAGCCCGGCGCAGUGGACGGUGCGGCAGUCCCUGGGCGGGCAGCAGCAGCGGCCCUGGUGGAAGGUGCUGCCCUUCGGCCUGUCCGUGCUCCUGCUGGUCAGCUGGUGCUUCCUGCGGCCCGAGAGCCCCGCCGACCGCUGGCUGAGGCGGCUGCUGGACGGAGAGGGGCCGCCGGGGGACGGCCGCGGGCCGCCGGGCCAAUAAACUGGAAGCUGCUCCGGAGGAGUUUGUCCCAGGGGUGCGUGUCGGGGCGGGCCCUCCGGGGCUGUGUCAGGACAGCCCGCAGGACGCUGUCCCAGGCCCGGCCUGAACACCGGUCAGCGCGUCCUUCCACGGGCGGGGCCGGGGCGCAGGCCACUGGGAUGGACGCUGACGCCCUGGGAGCUCUGCAGACACGGCCACGCAGGGACAGUGUCCUGAGCGGGAGGGCAUGGCGGCGGGCAGCACUGGGCAGCACCCCAGCUGGUCAGCCGUGGCGAGACGCUGCUGUGCCCAUGGCCGCUCUGGCCUGUGACCCUGAGGGCCUGGAGCCUCCCUGCACUCAGGAAGAACCCUGGCCACUUCUGGGAUGGUCGCCGGGCCCCUCUGCCCCGCAUGGCUAGUGUUCAGGUCAGGGCUUGGCUGGGGCUCCCGCAGGGCCGCUCCGCACCGGUCAUCCUUAUCUCGCCUUCUGUCGCUGUGUCCGGGAGUGGACAGUCUUCCAAGGCUGGUUGGCCGCAGGUCAGCUGUCCACGCAGCUGUCCAGAAGGACAAAAACAGCCCUAAGGCCCAGCGGUGUGCGGGUUGAGGGGCAGCGUGGGCGUUUGGAUUUGUACUUAAAAAGGCUGUUUCGGAGAGGUGUGGAGGGCUCGGACAAGUCAGGUCAGCUACAGGUUGGGGCAGCUCCUGCCCUGGGCGUCCCCGCUCUGUCCCUUGACACCGUUACAGCCAGAGCCACAGACAGACUGUUGGACGUGCAGUUCUUGGGUGCUGGAGUCUGGGCUGGGAGAGGACCCCAGGCUCCCCGCUCCCAGCAGCUGCAACUCGGUGAUCUGCCAGCGACCGCCUGCCAGCCCGGCGUGGCCCAGUCCUGACCUGUGGAGUUGAGGAUCAGGUUGCUGCACAGCGGUCAGCUAGCUGUGGGAGACGGUGUCCCCGAGGGUCUCUCUGGGGUCCUGGCCAGCCAGGCUCUGAUCAAGAAGAUCCUGGACGAGGACUCCUGGUGGCAAGGUGACCCUCUAGCAGCGGUGGGCAGGCAGCCAGGCAGGGUGAAGCCAGGUCUGACAGAGGUGCCACCCCAUGCACCUGCAUCCCUCCUCACCCAGGGCUGGCUUCUGUGGGUGGGCACACAGCCCCGCCGCUCCUGGAGCCCU